CCUAACUCUAGUAAGUGAGGUAACAAAGGUAAACUUUUAUUCAUUGUUAGAGAAUACAUCGUAGGUACCACAACACGUUGAAGAAUGGAUAUAUGGUGAAACUCAGCGGUUCCACAGAUAUAUAAUACAUACAAAAACAUUUAAAUCUACUUAAAUGCCAUGUGAAUAAAUUUUAUUACCAUUCUCACACAAUAAAAAAUGGAUACUUGGGUGGAAACUGUUUUAAUUAUUCUUUUAAUUAUUGUUUUGUUAAUAUUGUUUAUAAAAAUAUAUGUUAUUGCUACAAUGGGACGAUGUACAAGCACACGACAAUUAAAUGGGAAAACGGUUCUUAUUACUGGAGCGAAUUCAGGAAUUGGAAAGGAAACAGCAAUUGAUUUGGCAGGCAGAGGUGCUAGAAUUGUACUUGGAUGUCGAAAUUUAAAAUCAGCGGAAAAAACCAAAGACGAAAUCAUUGCACAAACAGGAAAUGAUAAUAUUGUUAUUUAUCCAUUAGAUUUUGAAUCAUUAGAAUCAGUGCGAAACUUUUCCAAAUUAAUCCAUGAAAAUGAAAAUCGAUUGGAUAUUUUAAUAAAUAACGCUGGUGCUGGUGGAUUGGGAAAUAGAAAAACUGAGGAUGGUUUACAUGUUGGUAUACAAGUGAAUCAUUUUGGACCAUUUUUAUUAACAAAUUUACUUUUAGAUUUAUUAAAGGAAUCAGCACCUAGUCGAAUUGUGACCGUGGCUUCAUUCAUGCAUGUGUUUGCUCGAUUAGAUCCAAAUGAUCUGAAUAAAGAAAACAAUGAUCUUAUUAACUAUAAUAAUUCAAAAUUAUGUAACAUUUUAAUGAGUAACGAAUUAGCAGAGAAAUUAUCUGGAACAAAUGUUAUAUCAAAUAGCUUACAUCCAGGAGCUGUACGAACAGAAUUAUAUAAAAAUGUCCGCUGGUAUAUGUGGCCUAUUAUCAAAACCCAAAACGUGUUAUUUUUCAAGAAUUCUAAACAAGGAGCUCAAACUACAAUUCAUUGUGCAGUGUGUGAAAAAGUUGAUGGAGUUACUGGCAAAUAUUAUUCAGAUUGUAAACCAAAGUGGACAUCAAGUUCAGCAAAAAAUAAAGAACUGAGUGCGAAAGUUUGGAAUGAAAGUGUAAAAUUGGUAAAAUUACAACCAAAUGAAAUACAUUAUUAAAUAUUGUUGAUAUUUAAGGAUUGUUAUUAUUUAUAAAUAAUAAAUACGUUAUGUAGUUUUUAUUCGG